GGGUCAUGCGUUUUAUUAUGUUAACAUCUGGCUUUGGCCCUCUUCAGUUUUUCAUCUCUGCUCAACACGUUUCCCCAUGGCUUCAGUUUCUCUCUCUUCUUUCUCUCAUCCGCCUUCAGUUGUUGUUCCUUCGCCUUGUCUGCAAUUUUACCGGCGAAUCUUACUUCCCCGUAGAACUCUUGCUUGUUCGUCCUCUGCUUGGAUUUCUUCUUCUUCUUCUUCGAUCACGUCUAUGUCAAUUUCGGCGCCGAAAGUAGUGGUUACCAGAGAGCGCGGCAAGAAUGGGAAGCUCGUUAAUGCUCUGGCAAGACACGGAAUAAACUGUUUGGAACUUCCCCUCAUUCAACACAGACAAGGACCUGAUUUGAAUAGGCUACAGUCCGUACUUAGUGAUACUGUAUUUGACUGGAUUGUCAUAACUUCCCCUGAAGCUGGCUUGGUGUUCCUAGAGGCAUGGAAGGCCGCUGGAAUGCCAAAAGUUAGAAUAGGUGUUGUGGGAGCUGGUACAGCUAACAUUUUUGAGGAAGUGUUGCAAUCAUCAAAACUACUUGAAGUGGCAUUUGCACCCUCAAAAGCAAUAGGCAAGGUCUUGGCUUCGGAGCUUCCAAAGUUAGGAAAUACAAAGUGCAGUGUCUUAUAUCCUGCAUCUACUAAGGCUAGCAAUGAUAUUGAGGAAUGUCUUUCAAAUCGUGGAUUUGAGGUCACGAGGCUCAACACCUACACCACGGCACCUGUCGAUUACGUUGAUCAAACCAUUCAUGAGCAAGCACGUUCAUUGCCUGUUGUCACCGUGGCUUCUCCUUCGGCAGUUCGCGCAUGGGUCAAUCUUAUUCCAGAUCCAAAGGAGUGGGAUAAGUCGCUUGCGUGUAUUGGGGAAACAACUGCAGCAGCAGCAAAUAGGUUAGGAUUGAAAAACGUUUACUACCCCAAGAAUCCUGGCUUGGAAGGGUGGGUUGAUAGUAUAUUGGAAGCACUAAGAUCGGAAGCUCAGAUUGUUGGUCAUUUUUCCGAGUAGCAAAUAAUCGAACCAUCCCAUCAUCACGGAGUGUUCACCUGUACAUUUGACGGAGUUUUUAUUCGAGGUUAGGCGGAAGAAACUUUUCCAGUAGUCCUACAUAUGUUUAUCCUACUGUUUGUCACCUUUGGUAUCAGAUAACUAAUUACCAUUGUUAUACUCUCUUUAUUGUUUUUAGAUGAACAUGUGGGUUAGUGACUCGAACAUUUGACAUUUUUUGGACUAUUCAUUUUGUUAAUAGAAUGUAAAUUCAGCUCCAA